GUAAGUGCGUGGUGUAGACUGCCGAGUCAUAGAGGUGCGUUCACGUUAACAAAGACGCAGCUGCAGGACUGGAGUAAAUGUCAUUCUGUCAAACACACUGGGUCAUACCUAGGUAUAAGCUACAAUUAGGAGAACUCUUUCAGAAAUCAUUUUCAUUAUCUCUGAAAAUAACACAACUUUACAAGUUUUCUUUCUAAAGGGCCACACUUUCUACCUGAUGGCAGUGCUUGGGAGCUACUGUGAAGCCAAUGGCUCCAUAGCAGAGGUGUGGAUUGAGCAAGGCCUAUCUCCCUGCUUCUAUUUCACCCUGGUCCCGACAGUGAUGUUGACCAUCUCCUUCCUUUUUGGCACUUUCCAUUGCGUUUGUUACGGCAAGUAUGGUACUGCAAUGGAGCCCAAAUACAUCCCUCGCUCGAAGCUCUACACCCUGCAGUGCUGCCUGUCCGCCCUGCUCUUGUUGCAGUUCUUCGGGGGCAUGUUGUGGCAGGCUGUGGGCCCCAGUGUGGUGCCUGGCUACACCAUCUUGUAUGGGUGUCUGUCAAUGCUGGGUUGGGCCUGUUCUCUGGUCCUGUUGAGGCUGGAGAGGACCCGGGUGCUGGUUCGGGAUCGAACCCGGGGCCACAGCACAGUGCUGCUGCUCUUCUGGGCUUUGGCCUUUGCUGCAGAGAACCUGAGCUUCAUGUCAUGGAUGAGCCCCCUCUGGUGGUGGCCCCUAGAAACUACACAUCAAAAGGUGCAGUUCGGGCUGUGGCUGCUGCGCUAUGUCUGCACAGCACUGCUAUUCACUCUGGGACUCCGAGCUCCAGGGCUGCCUAAGAGACCCUACAUGCUGCUGAUCAAUGAAGAUGAACGCGACCUGGAGCACGGGCAGCCCCUGUUGGGUGACGGCAGCAGGAGCCAGUCAACGUGGCAGAAUUUUGGAAAGAAGGUGAAGCUGCUGGUUCCCUAUAUGUGGCCGAAGGGGAGUGUGCUGCUGCAGGGACUAGUGAUCCUUUGUGUUGGUCUGCUUGGGGCAGAGCGGGCUGUCAACGUCUUUGUUCCCAUUUACUACAAAAACAUAGUGAAUGAUCUGACUGAAGGAGCCAGCUGGAAGGCCCUUUCUAUCACAGUUUGCAUGUAUGUGUUCCUCAAGUUCAUGCAAGGAGGGGGAGCAGGGGCUUCUGGCUUUGUGAGUAACCUGCGCUCGUUCCUGUGGAUCCGGGUACAGCAGUACACUAACAGGACGGUGCAGGUCCGCCUGUUUGCUCACCUUCACUCGCUGUCCCUACGCUGGCACUUGGGCCGUCGCACUGGGGAGGUGCUGCGCAGUGUAGACAGGGGAACCUCCAGCAUCAACUCCCUGCUGAGCUACAUUGUGUUCAGUAUCUUUCCCACUAUAGCUGACAUUGUGAUCGCAGUCGUCUACUUCACCUCCCUGUUUAGUGCCUGGUUGGGACUGAUCGUCUUCAUCUGUAUGGCCCUUUACCUGACUCUGACCAUCGUCAUAACGGAGUGGAGGACCAAAUAUAGACGAGAUAUGAACACGCAGGACAACAAUGCCAAGUCCAAGGCUGUCGACUCCCUGCUGAACUUUGAAACGGUGAAAUAUUACAACGCUGAGAGCUACGAAGUGAACCGCUUUAAUGACGCCAUCCUUAAAUAUCAGGGUUCUGAAUGGAAGGUGAAUGCCUCUCUGGCCCUGCUCAAUCAGACUCAGAACCUCGUUAUUGGCGCCGGGUUACUGGCUGGCUCCCUGCUCUGUGCCUACUAUGUCACUGAGAACAAGCUCAAGGUUGGUGAUUAUGUUUUUUUCGGAACCUACAUUAUUCAGCUCUACACCCCCCUCAACUGGUUCGGUACCUACUACAGGAUGAUCCAGAGUUCAUUCAUAGACAUGGAGAACAUGUUUGAGCUUUUUACUGAAGAGCAGGAGGUGACGGAUGAUGUUAAUGCUGGGCCUCUUCUUUUUAAACUGGGAAAGGUGGAGUUUGAAAACGUUCACUUCAGCUAUGUGAAUGGUAAAGAGAUUCUGAAGGAUGUGUCCUUUACAGUCAUGCCUGGUCAAACAGUAGCUCUGGUAGGGCCUUCUGGAUCAGGAAAGAGCACCAUAAUCCGACUCCUCUUCCGCUUCUACGAUGUCCGGGGGGGGUGUAUCCGGAUUGAUGGGCAAGACAUCUCCAAGGUAAAGCAGACAUCCCUACGCUCCCACAUUGGAGUGGUGCCGCAAGACACCGUGCUCUUCAACAACAACAUCCGAGACAACAUCCGCUAUGGGCGCAUCACAGCCUCCGAUCAAGAGGUGGAGGAGGCAGCGCGGGCCGCAGAGAUCCACGAGAACAUCAGUGCCUUCCCAGAUGGUUAUGACACCGCGGUUGGGGAGAGGGGGCUGAAACUCAGCGGAGGUGAGAAGCAGAGGGUUGCCAUUGCCAGAACCAUCCUGAAGGCACCCCAGAUCAUUCUCCUGGACGAGGCCACCUCAGCUCUGGACACACACACAGAACGGAACAUCCAAGCCUCUCUCGCCAAAGUCUGUGCCAACAGGACCACUAUCGUUGUGGCUCACAGACUGUCGACCAUCAUUAAUGCUGACCAGAUCCUAGUCCUUCAAGAUGGACAGAUUGCAGAGCGUGGAAGACACGAGGAACUCCUGGCGAAGGGAGGGCUGUACUCUGACAUGUGGAUGAAACAGCAGCAGGGUCAGGACUCUGACUCUGCUUCCGACACAGAGACCAAAGACAGGAGCACAGAGAAGCUGCAGCCCUCCAGCUCCACUGCACGCAGGAUCCAGUGAGAACAGAGGAGUCCCAGUCAAAUUCACAUUGUUGUACAAGCACAAUGAAACGAGCAUUUCAGCAUCGUCACUGGUCCCCAUUCACUUGUGUAUUUUCUGGUUCUUUGAAUGUAUUCCAAAUAGAACUCUUUAGAAUGGUAUGUGUCUUCCUGGUACCUACUCACUUCCUGUGCUAUCCAUCUAUCCAGUGCUGUAGUUCCAGUCAGAGCAGGUUCACGAUGGAAAGUGUUCAGCUACCAGGAAUAGUGAAGCAUAUUUAAGAAAUUCUAAUCUUCUAGCCUUCUUCAUGGUUACACUCUGAUUGACUCAGUGAUACUUCUGGGAUGCCAUAAACUGUACAGCUGGGACAAAAUGAAGGGAUGCUUGUUGUUGAAUACCAAACAUAUGAUGUGAGUGUUUCCAUGUCUGUACCUGACUGUCUAUGUGAGUGUUCCCAUCCGUCUCCAUGUCUGUACCUGACUGUAUGUGAGUGUUCCCUCCAUCUCCAUGUCUGUACCUAACUGUCUAUGUGAGUGUUCCCUCUGUCUCCAUGUCUCUACCUGACUGUCUAUGUGAGGAAGGCAAACUCAUGGCCAAAACAAACAGAAUCAAAACUCCAGCAUUGAUGUUUGUUUUGUAACCUUUUUUGUGGCACUACUCGUUCCAGUUGCACAUUUCUGUAAUCUAUUGUCUGAACUAUCCCAAGUGUAUCAUUAACAAGCAGGGGGUGUAAUAUUAGCUGUGGAUACCUCCACACAUGGGGACUUUAACAGUGUGGGUGUGUUGGGUUUAUUUUAUGUUUAUGUUUAAAUAUGAUAUUAAGUGGGGUAAUAACAGGACAUCAUGGUAAGCGAUCUUUGUGGAAGAAAGCUGUAUCAGUAAUGCAGUUGAAUUGCAGGUGGUGGUAAAUGUUAUUUUUUAUGAUUGUGUUGUUUCAAAUCACACAAGGAAAUAAUACAUGUUUUUCUUUACUUACACUGGAAACAGCGGCUGUAAUUUAGGUGCAUUGUUUGUAACAGCAAGGAAUCCUGCUAAGUAUUCUGAACCCUUGACUCAGAACCUGUUACCAUUCCUCUGCUGAAGCAUGCAAUUUCUUAGGGGGCUGUGGAAAAGUGCCCACCCUGUGUGUAUUUUGUGUUAUAUGUUGUGUGUUAAUGUUGGUGUGUAGUCAUUGGUACACGGGAUAUA